CCAAACUUGAACUUGAAUCUUGGACCGCAAGCUUUGAUAUGUGGAUAUAUCAGAUAUGUGUAUCCAUUUUUCUUAUGUCAACUUCUACAGUGGGACAUAAUCCUGGCUUUCAUCCAUAUGCUCCUGCGCAUGAAGACUACAUAAGACAUGAGAUACCAACAGACUACAGUUUCAGCUACGGCGUGAAAGACUACCACUCAGGGGACGUCAAACAUCAGUGGGAAAAAAAAGAUGGCGACAAAGUGACAGGCCAGUACUCCCUUCUCGAAUCAGAUGGCUCAGUGAGGACAGUCGACUAUACAGCAGAUAAAAAGAAUGGCUUCAACGCAGUCGUCAAGCAUAGUGGUCAUUUCCAACAUCCCAUCAAGGGAAAGGAAGAACACCCUAUAAGUCACAACGAGGUGGUAUUGAAACCUCACGUCGACCAUCAGCCAUACCAACCUCACCACACAAGUGAACCCGUAGAAAUUCCUCCGAACCAUCGACCAGAAUACUCACAAGAGCCCCAGUACGAAUGGAAGUACAUCUACCCAGACGAGCAAGGCUACGAAGAAGCCUUGGCAGCUAGCAAGUUGGAAGAAGCUCAGCAUACGACAAGCUACCAAGCAAACCAAGAAGAUGCCAGCUACAACCACUACCUUCACCAAGAAGAAGCGCAGGAAUCUCAGAGGUCAACAGUAGCUUCAAAGUACCACCCUCGCUAUCCACCAUAUAAUGACGUUAGCUCACAAGGUACUAAGGAAAAUCAUAAGCCUCAACUGCCUGUGGAUCUGAACCUUAUCAAGACUGAGCAAGUCGUGCCAGUGGAUGUCAGCCUCGUCAAUCCGGUGGAAAUCGAUGUAACAGAUCAGAAAAAGUACUCUGCUCAGCCGUCACAUGAGCUGUCACAGGAGGAACUCUCGAGGUUCUUGCAAGAGUACUACAAAUCCAGUAAGGUGACCAACGAGCCUUUGUUGGAGCAUGGAUUCAAGCCUAUCAGGAGUGGCGUGACUCAGCCUAUUCCUGGAACCUUCGACUCGAAGAAGAAGCCGGCUUCCACGCCUGGAUUGAGUACUUUUUCUUCCAAAAAACAGGCGCAGCAUAAGCUAAGGGUCAAUUCUAAUCGCAGGCUUCCAAAAGUUAGAUCACAUAGGCAGCAAUAUAGGUAUUUCACACCGAUUAAUGAGGAAGUCGCUAUUUUGUCCGUCCUCCUGGUGGCAGCCCAAGCUGGUUAUCUCUCCCCAGCCACCUCCUACGCUUCCAGCCACCUAGCUGCCCCGAUUUCAUCCCACGGCUACUAUGCGCCAGUCCUAGCCCAUGGCUACGGAGGGCACGGCUACGAUGAAGGUCGGGACUACUACGCACACCCCAAAUACCAAUUCGACUACGGAGUGCAGGACCCUCACACUGGGGACCACAAGUCCCAGCAUGAAGUCAGAGACGGAGAUGCGGUCAAGGGCUACUACACCGUAGCUGAUCCUGAUGGCACCCUUCGUACUGUCCACUACACCGCUGAUGACCACAACGGGUUCAACGCUGUGGUCGAGAAGUCUGGACAUGCUGGUCAUCCCCAAGUGUAUGGGGGUGCUGCCCAUGGUUACUAUCACUAA